AUGAUCGGAUAUGACGGCCAUGCGAGUGCGCAAACUAAACUUCAAGGACAAGGUCCGAAACCAAAUGGAAGCUCAAAGGAAGAUGUGGGUAACACAUUCAUUGUCACAUACGGUAUCCAAAGGGGUAAUAGUGUGGAGAGCAAGAUGUAUCACAACGGAGCACAAAAGUUCGUGACGUUCAGUCACCGUCGACAAGCGGCUGACGGUAAGAGCGGAAACUCUGAGUGGAUGCAAAGACACUGGCACGUCAUAGUCAAGGUUCUGAUAGAGAUAUGA